AUGAACCUCGGCCGCCAGUCCAUCAGCGCGACCCCGCCCCUCGUCCUCCACGACCUCCGCCUCGACAUCCCCUCGGAGAUAUUCUCGCUUUCUUGUCCACAGGGCUGGACCGUACACCGCGCUUACCCGCCAGAGCUCGUCCGCAAACGGCCCGUGUCUGGCGGCACUUUAUCCAUUGUCUGCCCUCUACACGCUUCCUCUUUGGUCUUUCUUGUCGGAGGAGGGGCUGCGCCGAGAUAUGCGCCUAAUAAAGUUGUGUUCUGGGACGAUAGGCUGGGGAAGGAGGUAGCCGAGCUCGAGUUUAGAGAACGCGUGAGAGGGCUGGCGUGCAGGAGGGAAUGGCUCGCCGUCGCGCUCAGACGGCGUGUCGUCGUGUUCGAGAUCGGGCGGGACAUCAAGCGAUACGCCGAGUGGGACACGUGCGACAAUCCAAAGGGCCUCCUGGCGAUCGCGACGGACGCCCAUGCCACGCUGCUCGCCGUUCCCGGCAGGCAGAUCGGUCACGUUCAACUAAUACACCUCCCACCCUGUCGCCCUCCAGCGCCGCCGCCUCCAGCCGCUGGCGCACCAUCCAAGCCACAGCCCAAGCCACCGCCUCCGUCACGCACACGACCGCCAAGCCACUCUGUCCUAGUAGCCCACAACAGUGCUCUGAGCACGCUCGCCGUCACACCGUCGGGCAGACUGGUCGCCACAACCAGUGCACGAGGAACUUUGGUGCGUGUAUGGGAUGUAGCUACGGGCAAGAGGGUUUCAGAGUUGAGGAGAGGGACCGAUCAGGCCGAGAUCUACGGUGUGGCGUUCAGGCCUGACGAGGCUGAGCUGGCUGUGUGGAGCGAUAAGGGCACCGUACACGUCUUUGCACUCGCUGGCGGAGACGGCGCGCGUGCAGGGCCAGCAAAUCGACAGUCCAAGUUUAACUCUUUGACAUCCUAUAUUCCUCUCCCAACCUACUUCACGUCCGAAUGGUCCUACGCUCAAUGGACGGUGCCAGCCCGAACUGCGCAUCUCGCGCUUGCACAAGCUACGGGCGGUAAACGGGAUCCCGGCCUCGCGGACGAAGAGAAGUGCGUCGUAGGUUGGAUUAUGGCUCCGCCUGCCGAUCCGCCGUCAUCCGCGUCUGUCCCUGGGAAGGGCAAGGGCAAGGCGGUCGCUGGACCGUCAGGAUCGGGCCAGGAGUUGGAGUGGCAGCUCGUGGCCCUGACAUACGCCGGUGGAUGGUAUCGACUUGCAUUGCCUCGAGCCGCAGCGGGCGAUGCAGACGAUGCUUCUAGCGUGCGUAGCGGUGGGAGCGUUAGGAGUGGUGCCAGUUGGUCCGGUGGUGGCAAGGGCAAAGGGCGAGCAGGAGCGGGUGGAGACGAAGGCGAGAAGAGGAAGAAGCAGAGCAGAGAGUGCGUGUUGCUUGAGUAUCGCAGGUUCGGGAGCUGGGAUGGAUGGGGCUAG